AUGUCGCAAAUAGAAAAGGAACUGCAAGAUAAACUGCUGAUCGAAAUGUUGGAUUUGAUUGAGCAAUCGGUGUUGUGUAAAAUGAACAUUGAAUCGACAACAAAUGCUGGCCAAUUGCUAUUGGCAAAAUCACGAUACAUCCAAGGACCACAAACAGUAUCCGUAUCACAAUUGCCCACCGAAAAUAGCAACGAUUUCAAUGCAUUGAAAACAGUAACGAGACAAGAAGAUGAAAUCAAUGAUGAACUUCAGCUCAGCACCCACAAAGUUGACAAGGAAAAUGGAUUUAUUGACACAAUUCGAUGGUUUGGUGUACUUGUACCACGCAGCCUACAACUAGCCCAGGAACGAUUCAAUAAAGCCAUUGAACUGGUGGUCGAGUGUGCAAACAUUCAAACCAAAUUGAAUAAUACCAUAAGAUACAUUUUAUUGUUAAGAAAUAAAUCGAGUUAAGGGAAAUUGCAGCAAUGAAUUGGAGACAAUGUGUAGAAAAUUGUUGAAUACUAAUGAAGUUAUUGAAUAAAAUCCAACAAUAUCGAAGAAUUCAUGAUUAUUUAGCAAAUUUUGAAAGAAAGUCGAACAAAAACUAAGAAAAUUGAAGAAGUUAACAAAAAAUCCGUAGAAAUUCAAAACAUUUUUUUCAACAGAAAAAAAAAUGAGAAAAUCAAUGAAAAGUGAAACAAUUCAAUAAAAUCAUCAACAACCAAACCAAA